AUGUCAUCCCCGCGGCGCUCGUUCCGUGACUCGUCCCCGGCUGGCGCGCUUGCCCAAAAGCGGUCGCAGUUCACAUUCCGCAAUCUCAGCCAGAUGGCUUCAUACAACACUUCCUGUCCACUCAGGGUGGUGACGCACAUAGACCUCGAUUGCUUCUACGCUCAGGCCGAGAUGGUGCGUCUGGGAGUGCCCGAGGACCGGCCGCUUGCAUUCUGGUUACGCUAUAGAGAACUGAUUCGUGUCGUUGCAAAGGCAAGGCCUCAUCGCUGUCAAUUACCCGGCACGUGCCUUUGGGAUUGGCCGGCGUACCGCCCGGAUUCUGCCGAGAACAUCGCAACCGACAAGGUUUCGCUGGAUCCGUAUCGACUUGAGUCUCGGCGAAUUCUAGCGGUCAUCAAGGAGCACCUCCCCUCUCACCUGCAGAAAGUGGAAAAGGCCGGCAUAGACGAAGUGUUUCUCGACCUAUCCGCGCACGUUCAUGCCGUGUUGCUCGAGCGCUUUCCCGAGUUGGCAGGCGGACCUCCGGAUGGCGAUCCGUUUGAGCACCUGCCGACGCCCCCUGUUUCCGCCUUGGACUGGCAGGCCGAUGCCCUCAUCGACCUGGACGAGGAGCACGCCGAAUUCGACGACCCAGACUGGGACGACGUGGCCUUUCUCGUGGCGUCGGAAAUUGUACGCAAUAUCCGAACCGCCAUCAGGGACAAGCUCCGUUACACAUGCGCCGCCGGCAUCGCCAAAAACAAACUUCUCAGCAAGCUAGGCUCUGCCCACAAGAAACCCAAUCAACAAACUGUGAUACGGAAUCGCGCAGUACGCCAGUUUCUGUCGGGCUUCAAGUUUACCAAGUUUCGAAAUCUGGGUGGCAAAUUGGGCGAACAAGUUAGUCAGACGUUCAAGACGGAAUCUGUGCAGGAGCUCCUCGCCGUCUCCGUCGAUCAGCUGAAGUCCAAGUUCGGUGAUGAAACGGGCAUCUGGGUCUACAACACGCUGCGGGGGUUCGACACGAGCGAGGUGAACUCACGCACCCAGAUCAAGUCGAUGUUGUCGGCAAAGUCCUUCCGCCCCAGCAUCAGCACCGUCGAUCAAGCCAUGCGAUGGCUCAGGAUCUUCGCCGCUGACAUCUUUGCCCGAUUGGUUGACGAGGGUGUGCUUGAGAACAAGCGCCGCCCCAGAACCAUCAACCUGCACCAUCGCUACGACAGCCAGACACGCUCUCGCCAAAGUCCCAUACCCCAAGGGCGCUCCCUCGACGAGGAGACCUUGCUCGGGCUUGCCAAGAACCUCCUAAACCAGAUUGUCCAAGAAGGCCAUGUGUGGCCUUGCUCCAAUCUCAGCCUGAGCGUCGGCGGUUUUGAAGACGCCAUCUCCGGAAACAUGGGGAUAGAUGGGUUCUUAUUGAAGGGGGAGGAAGCACAAGCCCGCAGCCUCAGCUCUCGAACACGACCAGAUCCCGAUGUCGGCGCGUUAUCCCACCCGGUAGAGAAACGACGGCGGAUGGAAGACGGCGGCAUCCAACGUUUCUUUUCGAAGAGAGAGCACCCCCCGGCGUUAGGGCCAAGCGAUGGCGCCUUGGGAAAUGCUGGCGGUGAAACCUUAUGUGGCCGGGGGGCGGAGGCCGGGCAGGAUGCAGUUUAUGGAGUGAAUGGCUCAGUCACGCCGGGUGACGGACCAGUAGCCCAAGCCAAUGGCCAGGAGGCAGGAGCAGCCUGCGGCCAUCCAUGCGCGCGGUGCGGCGCACGGCUGGAGAGCUCGGAAGCACUCCAAAGCCACCAAGACUGGCACUUCGCCAAAGACCUCCAGGAGCAGGAACGUGGCAUGCUGGCAUUCGGCAACCAGCCAUCUGCCGUUGCGGAGAACCCACAUUCCGGGGGCCGGCAACCUGGACCUGCAGCAUCAAAGCGACCUGGGCGGCCAAAGAAGACGGAGCGCGGCCAGCAGAAGUUGAACUUCGGUUGA